AUGGCAGAUGGUGACCAUGUGCCGGUAGUCGAUGAACAAGCAACGGAGGAAGUGAAUCGGGAUGAAUCGGGGAAUGUAGAAGAAAGAGUAGUAGGAGAUGGAGGUUCGGAAAAUCGAGAGGAAGAGAAAGUCGAAGAUGGUGUCGAGGAAGAAGAAGAUUGUGACGAUGUGGAGGAAGAAGAAGAUGGUGAAGAUGGUGAAGAUGUCGAGGAAGAAGAAGAUGGUGAAGACGUCGAGGAAGAAGACAAUGAUGGGGAUGAAGUCGAUGACGAAGAAGAUGGCAAAGAUUCAACCGAUGGUGAUGAUGAGGAGGAAGAAGAGGAAGAUGGCGAUGAUGAAGAUGAAGAUGAAGAAGAAGAAGAUGCGCAAGAUGCCAUGAAAGUAAAACUCGGUUAUACUGUACAUUUGGUUCUAGGUUAG